AUGGAUAGUCUCUUGAAGAUGCUAUAUGAAUUUGAGUUGCCAAAACCCACUAAUAAUGCGGCCGUGCCGUCCCCACGGGCGCAUCGCGGCCGUCGAUCGGGGGACGGACGGCCAGAUCGCGCCGGGUCGCUGUCGGGUGGGGCCCACGUUAGCGUCGCCACGACGACCACGAUCCACGACGCCACCCGCUCCAAUUUGAAAACCCGCUUCGGUUUUGCUUGGCUUCGCCUUCUCUCUCUCGCUCGCUGUGGAGGCGUCGCCUCUGCUUUUGUGCUGCUGCUCUGCUCCCCAUCGGGCGGCGCGCGCGCCAUGGAAGCGAGGGGGAGGAGGAUCGUGGACUACCUCAACGACGGGGAGGAGCUCGGGAUCGAGGGCGCGGCGGCGGUCACGCCGCGGUCCCCCGCGCUGGCGGCGGCGAGGUCGCUGCUGCCGCGGUUUGGGUGGGCCCGGGUGGCGAGUAGGAUCGGGAGGAAGGGCGCGGGCGGGAAGGGGAAGGGGAAGGAGGUGGUGGUGGUGGAGGAGGUCGCGGUGGUGGAGACCGCCGCCGUCGCGUCCACCUCAGCGCGCGCGAGAGAGGGCCACACGACGGCGACGGCGACGACUCCCGACCUCGGCGUAGGCAUGAGCCUAGUGUUCCUCCUCGCCAAGACCUCCGACGAGUUCAACAAGAUGGCGAAGGUGCGGGCGGAGAUGGAGACGCUCCUGCGAGAGAUCAAAGACCAGGUCAGGCGGAGCAGCGAGGCUGUUGGUGGCGGCGAUGGCGAUGCGUCGAAGACGCACCGCAACCUCGAGUCCGCCGCCGCGUCGAGCUGUCUCACGGAUACGAACGAGAACGAGAGGGCGAGCGGCGGCCACGUGGAGGAUCACGCCACCUCGUCCAACAUGGAGGAGGAAGCGAGCUGCGAGAAAUCGGCGGAGCACGAGCGCUUCCCGAGGAUGGAUGUGCUGGAGGAGGAGUUCCACACCGAGCUGGAGCUUCUUCAGGUUAACUAUGGCUCCGACGUCCGGUUGUUCUUGCCUGAAGAAGACGAUGGAGAGCCGAUGGACGAGAUCGCCGAAUGCCGGCCGGAAGAAGAACUCGACGACGGCGAUGCUGGGGGAGAAGACGAGGCGGCGGCGGAGGACGACGAAGACUACGAAGCAGAGUACAACGGCGUCUCCGCCGUGGAGCUGGAGAGAAGGCUGCACGAGCUCCUCCACCAGCGGAACCAGGAGCGGAUCGAGGAGCUGGAGCUGGCGCUGAAGCGCGCGGAGAAGAAGCUCGUCGAGAAGGAAAUGGAGGCGUCCAUGUGGAAGGACACCGCCAAGCUCGCGCUGCGGCAGGACAGUAGCAUGUCGUGACAAGGUGAUUGCAAAGCUGGCAUGCUUCAUGUGGCACAAAUUUUCAGCAUCAGCAGUUUUUUUUUUACAUGAUUGGUUACGUGCCAAGGAGAGUGUUUAGGAUUAUUGCUUCAUCGCCACGUUUUUUUUUUGUAGAGUUUUACGCUGGUUAUAGUAAAGUGUUCAUACUGAAGUUUUAGUGUUAAUUAGGCUGUUAGCGUUUCAUAUUUGGAGCAAAUGCAGUUCGAUUAGUCUGACUGAUGUCCGGUUCUAUGUUUGUUUGUGCCACGUGUUUCUUCGUAUUUGAAUUCAGAUGGCAAUUUGGUUGCCUGUUUUGCGUUUAGCCA